CGAGUUGGACCUUUUGAAGCCGCAAUAUCUCCGUCAGCGUUACGGCAGGGUUCAUAUUUUAUUCAUGUUCGAGGGUAUCAUAUAUCAAUAUCACUGGUGCCUAUGUCGCACUCUAUACUGUACAGCUUUUAUCAGCCCUGUGGCUGCCAUUCCUUCGCCGUUAUACAACCACCACCGCCAUCCAUCCCUUUCUUCCCUUCACCGAUCACCUCCAGGACCACCCGUCGAAGAUGGAGAUUCUGACCGGUGCAUCUAAAGUCAAGAUUCGAAGAGGAAAUUUUUCAAGCGUUAGAAGAGAUCAAUUCAAUAACUGUACGAUCGUUCAGACAAGAGACAAGAGGACAAAGGUUGACAGACACCUACCAGAACUCUCCGAGUUCACCGAAAUCAAGCGGGGCGACAUAGUUAAGGACAAAGACGUCUGCUAUUCUUGGCAGUUGUGCUCGAAUCGGAAAGAUGACACGGCCGCCUGCGUGUAUAUUGCACAGAUCAUGAUAAGUGGCCAGUUUGGGGAGAGCAAAUACACUGUGAAGACAUUCCAUGGGCGAAAUGCGAUAAAGGAAUGGGGACGAGAUUUUUCGCGAUGUUCCAGGGAUUGGCAUGGGGACAUUCCACUUUUUGGUUACAACAAGUCAUCGGUCCCUUCGUUGAUAUUCUGUGGAGAGCUCGUACCCGUUGCACAUAUGGAAGCUCGAAUGGGAUGGGUGGCGUUAUUCUAUAUUGAGCUACUGAGGUACAGCUUGGGAUGUUCAAAAAACGAGCUGUGGAUGAACCCGACCAAAGGAAGAUUCUGUCGUGGACCAAUCGGUCCAAGAUGUCGCAUUUGGCUGGACGUAGCCCUCAAUGUCAUAGUUCCUCCCGACGUGGACUGCUUGAAAGAAGAUGUCAUCCUCCGAUAUUUUCUCAGCAAGGAAAACGAUUGGGGCCUUCUUGCUACGCUUAGUUAUAGUCGUCACUUUGAAACACUUGACAAUAUCCCGGCAACCAGUCACAUCCAUGUCAUUUCCGGUUUGACUAACUCAAUGAUUGCUUCCUUCGAGAAUGUACGGUGGUGGAGUUGGGCAGAUUGUCUUGACAACGAGCCAAUGAUGCCAGAUGGAGUGGCAAGGUUCCGUCUCAGAGAUGAUGGUCUCAGGAUCGAAGUACACUCUGUCGGCGAACGAACCUCUUGGCUCUCACAAGCAUUGAGCGUUUUUCACGCUCUCAACAUCUCAUUGAAUGAGGAUCUUUCCAGCUACAAGCUCGUCUUACCUUACCUCGAGCUCACAGGCACACUUCAGAGAUCCAAAUGCAAACGUCGAAGACGGCAACUACUCCACACACCCAUUUACUUGAUUGUCCUUCCUUCCCCUCACCCCCAUUAUCACUGGUCGUUUGACCCCACCGGCCAAAUUUCGCUCUCACCAGAAAUGUGCAAAUACCUCGGCCUUCCCCUCAAGCUAUCCCUUGAAGUGACACCCUGUCAAGUAUCUUGGGCUACCGAGGUCUACAAACACAUUCGUGAUUACCAAAUUGCGAGGAAGUUUGACCCCAGAACCACGGAUUUUGCAAGAUCUCUACGAGAACCUAUAUUCGAAGUCACUUUUGCUGAGAACCGCUGCCAAGAAAUUGUCGAAGACCACAAAAUACCAAUGCCCAUAGAAUCGGAAGCUUUACCGUCGCCAGAGGUCAACAAUUCUCAAGGACUCUCGCAAUCUGUCCCAGACUCAAACGUAUCCUACCAAAACAAGGUGGAGGAGCGAGGUCUCGAAGAACCAGAUUCUUUCUUACUUGAUGAGACCGAAGGGUCCGCAAAGAACACUGAGAGAACAACUUCCGCGUCUACACGAAAAGGACAUAGGCACGAAGCGUUCACUAAGGGGUGCAUUAUUAAAGCUGUUCAUUAGAGGGUUUAAAAUUCUCACCCGUAGCAAUAGCAGUAGCCUGGUCGAGC